UGUACAUGGAACGCCUUGGAAUGCACUGUUAUAAAUAAACAACUAAACGUUGUCCUCCGGCGCCGAACUGGUCAUCCACAUUCCAGGUAACUUAGGUCAGGACGGCGUGGUGUACAGAUUAGAUUACUACCCUCCUUUCGGACAUCCGGCACCAAAUACCACCAUCGCUUCCAAGGACAUCAGGGACGUUAUCAAGUUUUCGCAGGCCCUACCUGGUACUAAGUAUGACUUCUGGUUGUACUAUUCUAACGCUACACAUAAUACGCUUACGUGGACAGCUAACUUCACCACCGUUCCGGACCCACCAUCAGGCCUCACAGUACAAGUAAAAAGUGGCAAGACUGCUAUCAUAUCAUGGAACCCACCUGCGCACGGCAGCUUUACGAGUUUCAAGCUGAAGAUCAACCCUUUGGUACACAUUGCCGACCAGAAACCGCAGCCUACUACGAUCGAUAACAUCGACGGCACGCAGUAUGUCCUGAAAGACCUCAUUCCAGGAGCCACCUACCAAGUGCAAGCAUUUACCGUUUUUGAGAAUAAGGAGAGCGCGGCUUAUACUUCUAGGAAUUUUACCACAAAACCAAAUACACCAGGAAAAUUCAUCGUUUGGUUCCGAAAUGAAACAACGCUUCUCGUUCUGUGGCAGCCACCUUAUCCAGCAGCUAUUUACACUCACUACAAGGUGUCCAUCGAUCCUCCAGAUGCAAAUGACAGUAUUCUUUAUGUAGAAAAGGAAGGAGAACCCCCAGGACCAGCGCAGGCAGCUUUUAAAGGACUUGUACCAGGAAGAGCAUAUAACAUUUCCGUCCAAACAAUGUCAGAAGAUGAAAUAUCCACGCCCACUACCGCUCAGUAUAGAACAGUGCCUCUAAAACCUCAGAAAAUUAUGUUCGAUAGGGAUAAAAUCACGAAGAAUUCUUUUGUUGUCCAUUGGGAGCCACCUAGUGGAAGGAGUGAAUUCGAUAAAUACCAAAUUUCGCUUGGAACCAAAAAAACGCCUCCUGUCCCAAGACCCAAAGAAGAAUCGACUUACUUGGAAUUUAACAACUUGGAACCAGGCAAAACUUACUCUGUGAUCGUGAAAACAGUUUCAGGGAAAGUAACGUCAUGGCCAGUCAGCGCAGAAGUAACAUUGAAACCACUACCCGUUUUGAAUCUUAGAUCCGAAACAGAUGAAAAAACAGGAAUUAUAACCAUAUCAUGGCGCCCCGAUCCGAAUAGUACCCAAGACAGCUACUCGGUAUCGUAUCACGAAGUAGAAAGCACCAUUGGUGAUAGUAACACCAUCGCUACCAACAAGACGGAGAUCAGCUUGGAGACGCUUCUUCCCGGUAGAAAAUACGCGAUUACAGUUCAAGCUAUUUCAAAGGAUCAACAGUCUGAAGAAAGGGUGGUUUAUGUUACCACGCGUCCAAGUGCUCCGAUCAUAGAAGAUUUGAAGCCCAUGGUGGAUGGAUUGAACAUCAGUUGGAAAUCUGAUGUGAAUUCGAAACAAGAUCAAUAUGAGGUACACUGGAUAAGAAACGACACGAAUGAAGUGAACUUCAGGACAACCAAUGAAUCAAAAAUUCUACUCAAGCAUCUCUAUCCUGGCGCAGGAUAUCUGGUUAAAGUCUUUGCAAUAUCACAUAGUCUAAGAAGCGAACCUCAUGAAUAUUUCCAACCAGUCUUUCCUAAACCCCCAACCAAUAUGACGAUCGAAAAAACGACCACCAACUCAGUGAUUGUUCAAUGGGCAGCCCCCGAAGGAUCUUUAAUAUCCGAGUAUGCCAUCAGAUAUCGCACUGACUCUGACAAUCAGUGGGUAAAGCUACCGGCUGUCCACAAUACAGAGGCAGAAGUGACUGAUAUGACACCUGGAGAAAGGUACACUAUUCAGGUGAACACAGUCAGUUAUGGUCUGGAGAGUAAUGAACCUCAACAGCUCAAUCACACUGUCCGUCCAAAUCCAGUUUCCAACAUCGUUCCACUUGUAGACUCGAAUAAUGUGACGUUAGAGUGGCCCAGACCUGAAGGAAGGGUCGAAACGUAUAUAGUAAAAUGGAGAGAAUCAACGAAUCCAUCAGUAGUCCACAAAAGAAAUGUCAGUCAAAAUCAGAGUACCACUGGACCAGUCAGGCUUCUUGUUGGCGAUUUGAUGCCUGGCGAAGAGUAUAUUUUUGAAAUACAGGCAAUUUCUAACAAUUUGGAUAGUGAUAUCACAGUUCUAAGGACACGGACAAUGCCUCUGAUCCAGUCAGAAGUCGUCGUGGUGAACAACCAACAGUCAACAGAUACCAUCAGUCUGAGGUACACUCCUACACCUCAAACAUCAUCUAAAUUCGAUCGAUACCGAUUUUCGUUGUCAGAACCUGGCAUUCCAGAUCAAGAGAAAUUGGCCAAUGAUUCUGAUCGCUUGGUCACGUUCACCGGUCUCAUUCCUGGAAGACUGUAUAACAUUACUGUUUGGACCGUUUCACACGAUGUCGCUAGUCAGCCGUUACAAAGGCAAGAUAGGUUGUAUCCCGAACCAAUAACCGGCAUAAACACCACCCACAUUUCCGAUACAGAAAUAACCCUCACAUGGGACUCACCCCGCGGAGAAUACAACGCUUUCGAGGUGCAAUACUUGACCACUGAAAACGCUUUCCUCCAGAACUUAACCCUGCACAAUUCGAUCACCAUAAACGACCUAAAGCCUCACAGGAACUACACAUUCACUGUGAUCGUGCGUAGUGGUACCGAAUCCAGUAUUCUGAGAAGGUCGCUGCCUGUAUCGGCCAUUUUUACCACCAAGGAGUCGGUACCCGGCAAAGUGGAGAAGUUUGAACCUGUGGACAUCCAACCCAGUGAGAUUGUGUUUGAAUGGUCGCUACCUACAGCAGAACAGAAUGGGGUUAUAAGGAAGUAUUCCAUUACUUAUGGGCUGGAGGGAUCGCUGCAUACUUCCUCCAAGGACUUCGGUCCGCAUGAAUACAGAGGUGUUAUCAGCCAGUUAAUACCCGGUAGGACGUAUAUCUUCAAAAUCCAAGCUGAAACAAAGAUUGGCUUUGGCCCUGAGACUAUUUGGAAACAGAAAAUGCCUAUUCUGGCACCACCGAAACCUAGCAUGCAAGUGGUUCCUACUGAAGUUUGCAAGAGCUCUACCACCAUUCAGAUUAGGUUUAGAAAGAACUACUUCAGUGAAGCAAAUGGACCGAUCGUUUCAUACGCCAUCAUAGUUGCCGAGGACGAUUCAAAGAACGCCUCAGGUCUGGAGAUGCCGAGUUGGAGAGACGUGCAGGCGUAUUCUGUGUGGCCGCCUUACCAAGUGCAGGAGCCGUAUUAUCCGUUCCUCAACAGUUCCGUGGAGGACUUCACCGUAGGCGCCGAAUCAUGUGAUAUCAGGCACGUUGGGUACUGCAAUGGCCCUUUGAAAUCCGGGUCUACAUACAGGGUGAAAAUCAGGGCGUUCACGGCGCCGGACAAGUUCACUGAUACCAGUUACAGUUUUCCGAUACAAACAGAUCAAGACAACACACCUAUUAUCUUGGGCAUCGUCAUCCCGGUGGUUCUGAUAGUGGUUCUGUUCAUAACUGUGAUAUUCAUCAGACGUCGGAGGGCGGUAUUGAAAAGGAAAGCCACAGACGCUAGAGGAAAUGACAACAUGUCUCUGCCUGAUUCUGUCAUCGAAACUAGUAGACCAGUGAGAAUCGAAAACUUUUCUAAUCACUACAGGAUUAUGUCGGCUGAUUCGGAUUUCAGAUUCAGCGAAGAAUUUGAAGAACUUAAACACGUAGGAAGAGAUCAACCUUGCACAUUUGCAGAUUUGCCCUGUAAUAGACCGAAAAAUAGAUUCACGAAUAUCCUUCCAUAUGACCACUCCCGUUUCAAAUUACAACCAGUUGAUGACGAGGAAGGCUCGGAUUAUAUCAAUGCCAACUAUGUUCCUGGAUACAACUCGCCAAGAGAAUUCAUAGUAACGCAAGGUCCCUUGCACUCGACCAGAGACGAUUUCUGGCGCAUGGUGUGGGAGUCGAACUCGAGAGCCAUCAUCAUGUUGACGAGGUGCGUGGAGAAAGGCAGGGAAAAGUGCGACCAUUAUUGGCCGUACGAUACGAUGCCUGUCUACUACGGUGACAUAUCAGUUCAAAUUCUCAACGAGUCCCGAUAUCCAGAUUGGAAUGUCUGCGAGUUCAUGGUUUGUAGGGGCGAACAGCAAAGGGUGGUAAGGCAUUUCCAUUUCACAACUUGGCCUGAUUUUGGAGUUCCAAAUCCACCGCAUACGUUAGUGAGAUUUGUAAGAGCAUUUAGAGAAAGAGUGCCUCCCGAUCAAAGACCCAUUGUUGUACACUGCAGUGCGGGUGUGGGUAGAUCCGGCACGUUCAUCUGCCUGGAUAGGAUCCUCCAGCAGAUCCUAGUCAGCGAUUACGUGGACAUUUUCGGAAUCGUGUUCGCCAUGCGAAAGGAAAGAGUCUGGAUGGUGCAGACAGAACAACAGUACAUAUGUAUACACCAAUGCCUUUUAGCGGUCCUAGAAGGGAAGGAUUUGAGUAGUUCAACUAGAGAGAUACACGAGAACCAAGGAUUUGAAGAGGUGGUGUCUCAGUUUAUAAGUCGAUGUAAAAAGCUGCUAUUCUGUGGUUCAGGCAAAGCUGGUGACGGCGCUACUGCUCAAGUUGAUUCAACUUUUGGGGAUAUAAAGAGGUAGUUUUUUCAACAGCUGCAACAAUGUAACAUGCUUUCAGUGAUGACGAAGGUAUCGCGGAAUCGGGAAUGUGAACAAGAAAUUAGAUCUUUCAAGAAACUGGAAUCUCAGUGGUUAUUUUUUGAAUGAAAAUGUUGAUACUCUAUUUUCAUAUAGUAUUUUACAACAUUUGAUACAUUUUAUACAAAUUGUAUAGUUGGCAUAUAGCAUAUAUGUAUAAUUGUAACUUUUUAGUAUUAAAUACAAGUGAAUCGUAUAUUGAUGUGUGCUGGAGCGAUGGGGUUCUUGUAUUAAUAACUAUGUAUUCAAGUUUCAGACCCAGUUAGUUCUCUUAAUUAUUUGCCUCCCCAUUAAAAUGAUUGGUUGAAUGGUGAAGUUUAAAUCAAAGUUUGUUAAUAGAGAAAAGUACCCGCUGUGCUGAGACUGUAAAGUGUACUCAGAGGUUAGAAGGAACUUAUCUCCGUAAGUACACUCGACGCUCAAGUUGUCUCCAUUGUAACAUGGCAACUAAGUACUGGCAACAAUAUCCUAUUGUCAUCAGGUAUUUUUAGUUAUCACCCAAAAUUGUCAAAAAGCCCAUACCUUCAUAUUCCAAUUCGUAUUUGCAGUAGAUUGACGAGAGACCACCCUAGUUUGACAUAUUUCACUAUUAACUAACUUGCAUUUGAACCAAGAAUGUAUUUUUGGAAGUGUUAAAAGAUUUUAGAUUAAUUGUUUUUUAAAAUCUCAUCUACGAGUACAAAUCUCAAUCAUACACCUUGAAUCAUAGUACUACUAGUUAGUGAUGUAUCAUUAUCUUGUCUGUUAAAAUUAUCGUAAAUUUUAUUAUUUCGGAGACACUGGGCGCCCGGGUUUUGUGACCAUCCCGAACAUCCGGUUGGACCUCAAAAUUUGCAUAUUAAGCAUGACUUUAAGUACAAUUUUGGGAAUUUCUAGGAUCCCCCUUGCUACCCUCCGCACUUCAGAAAGUUUUGGGAGCAGAUACACUUCUGCUGUUCAAAAAGUUUUGGGUGCAGGUAUACUUUCAUAAAAAGUUAUCUCUUGUCGAUGCCGCCCUUGAGAAAAAGUCUAGCGGGCGCCUAUGCGGAAACAACCUUCUAGUUUUGUUUUUAACUUGAGACAGGGUUUCUCACGCUUAUACUUUCACGUAUCAAUAUUAGACUUUCAAAUCAACGGCGAACCCCUUAAAGAUGAUAAAUAACACAAAUAAGUUGAUUUAUAUAUAUAUAAAAAUACAUACAAUAGAGCGAUAGAUACAUAAUGAUUAUUCUUCUAUUUUUUAUAGAUAACGUGAUGGAUGGGCUUAUCGCAAAUGGAAUUAAUUCCCGGACCAAUUUUGGCCGAUUUCAAUGUUUGUUCAGAUUCAACAUCCAGUCGAAUCUUGUAUUUUCUCUCUACAUGUGAAAACUCACACUAUUUUAUUGGCGACACCGAAUAUUGUUGUUUUUAAAUUUGUUUAUUUAAAAAUUUGUUAGAUGUUUGAAUCAGCCGAGCCGCUGCAAUUUUGUCGAGUACCCCCUACAAUUAUCUGACGUACCCCUGGAGGCACGCAUAUUCCAGUUUGAGAAACCCUGACAAUAUGUAUUCCUUGUUGAAACCUAUAUGUUUUGAUCUCUUUUGAGCAAAAAUGAGGUUUUCCAUAGUCCAUAUCCUGUAAGUCAAUAUGAUAUAUAUAUACUCGUAUUAUAUACAGGGUGUUCCAUAAUUAUUGCGACAAAAUAAUAGGGGUUGUAGAGGGCAUCAAAAUAAACAAUUUUGCCUUAUAAACCCCUGUUCGGAAAUAUGCCGUUUGGGCUGCAACAAAAAAAAAGAUCAGUUUCUUGAAACAGCUUACCUACAGUAAUUGCUCAAAGUGUCCUCCACCUUGCUCAAUACACAGCUGUGCACGAUUGUUCAAUGAUCGGCGAACUCUGUGGCAUACCCCCGGUAUGUCCUGAACAUGUGCGGACGCGGCCAUCACUCUUCCCAGUAGCUCUUGUUGGUUGGGAACAGGAGUUUCGUACACUAAAGCUUUCAGAUGGCCCCAGAGAAAAUAAUCCAGUGGGGUCAGGUCGGGUGACCGCGCAGGCCAAGGCACAGGGCCACCUCGGCCUAUCCACCUAUUUGGAAAUUUGUCGUCCAAAUACUGCCGCACUUGUAAAGAAAAGUGGGCUGGAGCGCCAUCGUGUUGAAACCACAUGUUGGCUCUUAUGUUCAGCGGCACAUUUUCUAAUAGUUCCGGUAGCACAUGCUGUAAGACUCGACCAUAAGCAUGCCCAUCCAAACGUGGUGGAAGCAAAUAUGGUCCGAUGAUAUGCUCGUCCACGAUGCCGCACCAGAUGUUAAUUGAAAACUGAUGUUGGUCUCUAUGGAGGGCUAUGGCAUGAGGGUUUUCUUCAUCCCAAAUGUGACUGUUACGGCUAUUAAAAUAACCGUCCUUUGUAAAACAAGACUCGUCAGUGAACAAAACGUAGCGACCAAAGUUUGGUUGCCUUGCAAAAAUGGCGUGAUGCGAAUGAGGACGUUCUGGAAACCGUUGGGCGUAGAUUCGCGAGGCUCGUCUUCCGCUACCACCAGCUUCUUCGUAAAUUAAAUGCAUAUCCGUAAGUUCCGCAUACGAAUAACGCUGCAUUUUAACAAUAAGGUACUGUUUACUAUCUAGUUUGACGCACCACUCAGAUAAAUUAAAUGAAUCGGUGUGGAGAAUUUACGAUAACAAAAAUGUAAACUCAGCAGGCUUUUUUUUACAAACCGGCGAGACCAUGAAAUGUGCUAGACGAACAUUUUGCAGCUGGUGAAAUUUUUGUUUCUCCUAUGAGCUCUUAAGGUAAAAUUAGCGGUAGUGCUCAAACGGCAUAUUUACGAACAGGGGUUUAUAAGGCAAAAUUGCAUAUUUUUAUGCCCUCUACAACCCCUAUCAUUUUGUCGCAAUAAUUAUGGAACACCCUGUAUAUAUAGUGCCAAGUCACAUGUAUCCAUCCCCAGGACUCCAUUUUUUAUAUAAACGCUAUCCGUUUCGUUCAUUUAACCAGUAGGAACAAGCAAAUUUGUUAUUCUUAUAUCAUGUUAUGCUCGGUGCUCAUAAAUAUUCAAACAAGGUAUAUUUAUGUAAGUUAUGCAACAGUUCAUUUUAGUUUUAUGUAUUAAGUUAAAGAUUCUGUGAUACUUAUUUCGGUUGACCAUACUAUUUGUAUGUUCAUUUUUCGACAAACUAUGUUGCUCUAACAAAUUUUUAUCGACUUAUGUACUUAAAAUUCUGUAGAAUAAAAAUAACCUACUUUAA